AUGUGGUCCCGUCACCGGCGCGUGUCUUGGCAGCUGCUGGAGCUGUCUUUGCGCGCCGCCAGCACUUGCCACAGCACCAUCGUUGUACGCUCUACUUCUUCAGCUACCAGAUGCAUCUCUCACCGUCUCCCGGCGUCCAGUAGACGUCUCAGUAUCUCCAUCUCUCCUGUUCAGCAGGACUCACAGAGCUUUAGUCGCUCUUUACAGCAGCGAAGCUUCACCCGCGACAAUGGCAAGCCAGAACCUCCGAUUCCUGUACCUCAAGAUGAGUAUGAAGAGCUCAAAACUUUCUUGGCCGAGCCUGAAACGUCGGGCCCUGCUAUGGACCGAGCCAAAGAGAUCGUGAUGAAGUGGAUGCAGCAAUACGUGACGUCAGACAUGCCUGGCCAAGACGCUACUGUUAUGGUGAUGGUGGCCGAUGCAAUGCAGGAUCCUCAGUUUGUGAUGCACGUGUACACGUGCCUCCGAGACGCUGGUGUAUCCCCGUCACCCAUUACACUCGAGUACUCGGCCGCCGCUUGUGCCCGAUUAGGCCAAUGGCAAACUGCGAUGGAGAUCGUUGACUAUAUGCAUCAAGCGGUGGAAAUCAUGAAGCCAUCACUGGAUAUUUACGAGAACGCAAUUACGUCGUGUCAUGCGGCAAAGAAAUGGAUCAAAGCCAAGUAUUUAUUGGAGGAAAUGAGAACGUAUAAACUGGAAGCGUCGCCCGAGCUACAUGUGGCGUCUAUUCGACUUUGCAUUGAAAGCUUGGAAUCUACAGCUACAGAGGUGCUUUUGCGUGCGUUCUUGCGCGCGUAUGAGGGAACUCUGGACGCUGACGAGAUACGGGAUAUUAUCACCGACCUUUUUCACGCAGCACUUGAUGCCGAGUCACUGCCACAAGCAUUGUUCUUGCGUAAUGAGUUGAUGACACGGCAGUAUUCUGUAUCAAAGGAGCUUCAUUCACGACUUGUUUAUCUAUGCGCGAUGAAGCGCCAGUGGCACAAAGGGCGCGUGUUGCUGCAGCAGUUUGUGAAUAUAAACGCUCGUCCACCUACGGCUGCACCGUCAAAUCGAUACACCGAUGAUAUUCAUCGGUUUCUGGACGAUAUGCAGGCAAACGACAUUGACGUUCCGCUGGUAGUGUACAAUGCUGCAUUAAGGAAUUUCGGUCAAAUAUCUUUGGCUGGUGAUGCCUUGUCUGUUUACUCGAACAUGCGUAAACAUCAAGUGGUGCCUGAUGCUGCGUCCUUUGCGGCAUUGAUGUGUUCGUGUGGCACCAACGUGAAGCAAUCGGAAGAUUUUUUCCGUGAGCUGCAACGUGCUAAUUGUAAGCCUACGCUAGAUGUCGUACACGCGUACUUGCUGAUUCCUAGUCGUGCAAAGGAGUGGGAAGAGGUGCUUCGAAGAUAUACUCUUGUGCAUGAUAUGCCGCUGUGCACGGGUCUCCCGUUGGAGUCGGAUGUACGAGUCCAGUCGCUCGUUGCUGUAGCUUAUGGACGAAUCCAUCAAUCGGAAGAAAUGCUUCGCAUCUUUACAAGCAUGAAGGUGAAGGGUAUGGAACCUAACCUGCACGUGUAUGGCGAAGCGCUGUUCGCUUAUAUUCGCCAAGACCAAUGGCGGCAUGCGCUCAUGCUGUUCGAUCACCUUUUUCAACAACAGACGUCAGAGAUGCAAGAGAAACGGAAGCUUGAAACGUUUCCAAUGCUGUGGGACGCUGCAGUGUUGGCCUGCGAGAAAGGUGAGCAAAUUGAGCGUGCAGCGAUGCUCUACGACACAAUCAUCGAGCAGCGCGUUCUAAUUUCAAUGACGACAGGGGAGCGUCUCGCCGCGAUGCUUACCAGCAUUCCAUCGGAAACAUUGUGGACAUCGUUCCAAUUGAUUCCGUCGCUGUACAAAACAAAGACGAAGAGUCAUCUGAACCCGCGCGUACAAAAUGCUGUGCUCAGACGCGCCGUGGAGGAGAACGACAGCAACCUAGCUGAGCGAAUUGUGACUGACGGGAUGCAAAAGAUGGAAAUCACUCCUAACUCCAUGACAUUCGCGCUGAUGCUUCGUUUGUAUGCAAACCGAGAGGACCAAGAGAGCUUUCAUCUGUGGUUGGGCAGGAUGGAUGAAAGCAAGGUGAAGCCGACGUUAUUUGUCUUUCGGGCGCUAAUGCACCAACUCAGCAACUUGAGUCAUGAUUGUGAAAACCGGAUGUACAUCGACGCUAUCGGAGAUUUCCUGCAUGAAUAUCAGUCCGUACCCUCGACCAUCAAUAGCACGAACAUCAAAAGCACAAGGGAGUACGUCGCAAAGCUCGGUCGUACUGCGUUGGACAUUAUGGAAGACUGCAGAAUCGGUCCAGACACAAUAUGCUUGCAGAACUAUCUGUUACUCAGUCAAGACCCAGAUCACGUCAUCCGAGCUCUCGUGCUCGUGGAAGAUGCGGUGUCGGCAACGAGCGAGCGUGGUGAAGAUAUCGCCCAGGGAUGCGUUCAUCUCACAUCGCGAUUGCUGCACACGCUGUUCACAGCUUUGAAUAACUUUCCGGACGGGCAGCGUAUGCGCAAGCUCUUGGUACAAAUCGUGAAGGACCUACCAACUGAUCUUUCUGAAGACGCGAUUGCUGCUUUCUGCGCAGCAAACGAUGGACAAAGCGCGUUGCAGCUUUUGCAAGAGCUACUGGAUUCAAAAUGCAGCUUAAGCGACGAGCAUGUCUUGUUCUUUCUCACGAACAGCUACACGUGUGAGACGUCGUCUCCAGCGUCCGAAGAUUCUCGCCCAAAGAGCGCAAAUGGAAUGAUAGUGGACAUGGUGUCUCUACUGUGCGCGAGUGAGACUGUGGCGAUGGAGGCAGGCUGUCUGGCAUUCCUUAUCCAGCACAUUGUCGACCUUUCCAAGUGGCAACAGCAAGACGGAUUUGAUGUGUCGACGCAAGACGAGAUCAACGCUAUGAAGAAGCUGUUGGUACGUGCAUUCGCGCACUUUUCGAUCGCUCAAGUGACAGAAUUCCUAUCGAAGGUGAUCGCUCGCGAUGAUCUUGUCCACGUACAAAGCGUCCUUGACGAGCUGCAAGGAGCUCGAGAAUCCCACUAG